AGUGUCUUUGUCUACUAGCACAAGUGUCGGUGUCGGUGCCUUCAACUGUAUAUUUCCCACCAAUAUUCCAGCUUCAUAUACUCCACAACUCCAUUAUUACCUACUAACCUCACCCACUUUCCUCUUCCUUUAAUAAUUUUUCUCCCUCCCUUCACUACUGUUGAGCUCAAACAAUCAACAAUUCUCAUUCUCUGAAAACUAUUUUUGUUUCUCAGUAUGUACGGGAGGGAUCCAUGGGGUGGUGCAUUAGAAAUUAAUGCAACAGAUUCUGCUACUGAUGAUGAUCGGAGCAGAAACUUACAGGAUUUCGAUAAAGCAGCUUUGUCACGAAAUUUAGAUGAAACGCAGCAAAGUUGGUUGUUAGGUCCUACAGAGCAAAAGAAGAAGAAAUAUGUAGAUCUGGGUUGUAUUAUUGUUAGUAGAAAAGUAUUCAAAUGGACUGUCGGUUGUAUUAUUGCAGCUGCACUUAUUGCUGGAUUUGUUACUCUUAUUGUAAAAACUGUACCUAAGCACCGACACCAUAAUCCUCCACCAGAUAACUACACUUUAGCUCUUCGUAAAGCUCUUAUGUUCUUCAAUGCACAGCGCUCGGGGAAACUUCCUAAGCAUAAUAAUGUGUCAUGGAGAGGGAGUUCAGCUCUGCAGGAUGGGAAAUCGGAUGGUUCGACUACGUUUAAGAAUUUGGUUGGGGGUUAUUAUGAUGCAGGAGAUGCGAUAAAGUUUAAUUUCCCUCAAUCUUUUGCUUUAACUAUGUUGAGUUGGAGUGUGAUUGAGUAUCCUGCAAAAUAUGAAGCUGCUGCAGAGCUCACUCAUGUCAAGGAUAUUAUCAAGUGGGGGACUGAUUAUCUCUUGAAAACAUUCAAUUCGUCAGCUGAUACCAUUGAUCGAGUUGUUGCACAAGUGGGGAUAGGGGAUACUUCAGGAGGACCAGAUCCCAAUGAUCACUAUUGUUGGGUGCGUCCAGAAGACAUUGAUUAUCCACGGCCUGUAACUGAAUGUCACAGUUGCUCGGAUCUUGCUGCCGAGAUGGCUGCUGCUCUGGCUUCUGCCUCGAUUGUAUUUAAGGAUAACAAGGUGUACUCACAAAAGCUUGUCCAUGGUGCUAGAACUUUGUUCAAGUUUGCCAGGGAACAGCGUGGUAGAUACAGUAGCGGAAAUGAAGCUUCAAUUUUCUACAAUUCAACUAGUUAUUGGGAUGAGUUUGUGUGGGGUGCAUCCUGGCUGUAUUAUGCUACAGGAAAUACUUCAUAUCUUCAGCUUGCUACAACUCCUGGUAUUGCCAAACACGCUGGUGCUUUCUGGGGAGGUCCUGAUUAUGGCGUGUUCAGCUGGGAUAAUAAGCUCUUUGGAGCACAAGUGCUUCUAAGCCGUUUGAGAUUGUUCUUGAGCCCUGGAUAUCCUUAUGAAGAAAUUUUGAGUACAUUUCAUAACCAGACAAGCAUAGUCAUGUGCUCCUUCUUGCCCUUCUUCACUUCAUUUAAUCGAACGAAAGGUGGGCUGAUAGAGUUAAACCAUGGAAGGCCUCAGCCACUUCAGUAUGUAGUCAAUGAUGCCUUCCUGGCUACCUUGUAUAGUGACUAUCUUGCAGCUGCCGACACCCCUGGAUGGUAUUGUGGACCUCAUUUCUACUCCACUGAUGUCCUACGUGAAUUUGCACAGACUCAGAUCGACUAUAUCCUUGGCAAGAACCCCAGGAAAAUGAGUUAUGUUGUUGGCUUUGGCAAUCACUAUCCAAAACGUGUCCACCAUCGAGGCGCAUCAGUUCCUAAAAACAAGGUCAAGUAUAAUUGUAAAGGAGGAUGGAAGUGGAGGGAUUCAUCUAAGCCUAAUCCUAAUACUCUUGUUGGAGCCAUGGUUGCUGGGCCAGACAAGAAUGAUGGUUUCCAUGAUGUUCGUACUAAUUACAAUUAUACCGAGCCAACACUUGCCGGAAAUGCCGGUUUGGUUGCAGCCCUCGUAGCUCUAUCUGGAGAUAAGAGUGUUGGAAUUGACAAGAACACGAUAUUCUCAGCAGUACCACCCAUGUUCCCUACUCCACCACCUCCGCCAGCUGCCUGGAAACCAUAAUUUGUUGAUCGUUGCUUUUAUCAACCCCAGUCUUUUGUGUCCAUAGAUUCAUUUUUUCAUAAUGUGGUUGAUAUGGGAUUCUGGCUCAGAGAAGUUUGAAGCAAUCCAAGAAACAGGAUGAGCACCUCGAACGUACAAGCUUUGGCUCAGGCUGGUCUAGAAUCUAGAUGUAGAACUCCCUUUUUGAAGAAGUGCUCAACGGCUUGUUUGUUAUUUGCAAUGUAUCAAUAUACACAGUGUUGUAUGUAUGUAACAAACCAAACCAAUGAUAUACUCAUUGUAAACUGGAACAUGAACUGCCUCAAUAUUUGUUGGAUAAUUUUCAAUAAAUGUGCCACAAUUAUGUGAUCUUGAUCUA